AUGGCUCAGGAAUCCUUUGGAUGGCUCUCUGAGGCCUUAAAGUGGCCCUCUCUUAUAGUCUUUGGUUUAUUUGAUAUUGCUCUCGCAAUCACAAUUAUCAUUCUGACCGCUAAAUCAUCUACUAAGCAUGGAUUUGUUACAAUCCCCUCACGCAACACCACCUCGAGCAGCUCGCUGGCUCCUGUCCGUUUCAACGUCUCAUUGGAUCUUGGCAUUCUUUGGACCGCACUGCCCAGUUUUGUCUUCGCUCUCUUUGCCGCCUACUGGGCCUGGAUAGCCUGCGCUAUUGCAGAACGUCAACCAUACGUUGAAUUGCGCUCAAGAGGAGGUGCCGAAGCAAGGAAAUCGAUCUUGCUAGAUUAUCGCGUCACUCCAGUGGUUUUCCGCUGGUGGUCGGCAUUUCGAAAAUCCCACGGAACAGUUGGGGCGAUGACAUUGCUAUCGGUGCUGUUGACCUAUAUUACAGCGCCCUUGGCUGCGCGUCUGUUGACGCCUCAAGUCGUUUCAGUAUCGAAGACACUGCCAAUUACAUAUGACACUGAGUUUAGUGACAGCAACAUUAACUCAACUAUUGAUUGGCAGCCGAUUUUGAAUGUUGUCGCAGCUACGUUGCUCUAUCGAGGCAAAAGUAUUGCUUGGACAGACGACCAGUACGCCUUUCGCCCGUUCUCCAACCAUUCGAUCGUGCCAGCAUCAGCCGACAUCGAGGCAGAAACCACUGCUUUUGCCGCUUAUGUUAAUUGUGUAGUAGUUAAGGAUUACACUAUCACCUCAAAUGGAGAUUCUAGCUCGAGUCAGGGUACUGUUACCGUAUCUGGAGACGACAGAGGGUGCAGUUUUCGUCAGAAAUUCGGAGUCGCAAGUACGCAAAAAACAUACUUGAAGAGCACUUCAGUCAUUGACUGCUCUGCUCAAGCGUACUACAGUCGUUUAGUCUUCACAGCUGGGGUGUAUUCUUCUUCAGCCUCCAACCUACUCGACGAUAUCAGUGUCAUCUCCUGUGCAACAGGAUAUCGCCAAGUCGACGGCAACUUGAAGGUUUCCACACUGGCUGCGUCUCCAACCAUUCAAUCAUUUGAUGAGACAGGCCAGCCAGAUACUAGCCGGCCAACUCUCUGGAGAAUAUUUGAGCAAGGAAUCCUUGGGCCAGUCACCUUCAAUCCAAAAGCAAAAUCCUCCACUUCAGACAUGGGUGAUUUGAUAUUACAAUAUGCCCGAAAAUUGCAACCUUCGAAUCCAUUAAGCCCGGAGGUAUUGAUUCGAUCAAUAUCAACUAUCUUUACUGCCACGUACCUCAAUGGCGUAGGAUCUCACGGCUUUAGUUUACUUUCGAACCCUCAAGCCAGCACGGGUAAAGCUUUUAUCCCCACGACCCGCCUAUUCGUCGUUCCGUGGGUGGCGUAUGUCAUUCUUAUAUUCUUACUUAUCGCUUUCUGUUUCCUUAUAUGGGCGUUUUUCUACGUCUAUAAAAGACCUAGCAUUUUGACUGAGGAACCUGAAGGUCUUUUAUCAACCGCUGCAAUUUUGAGUGAGAGUGACCUUCUUCGUAUUAUUUCGAGCAUUCGCAAGGAGCCAGGUUUUGAUGGCAAUGUACGCGGCAGAGGCAAAAAGAACUCUGAAGUGAUGGACAGGAAGUGGACAGCGACGAAGGAUGAUGAACAUGGUCAAUGGGUUAUAUCACCGAUUUAA